AUGUCGUUCUGUGUCGAGUGCCGAUCAAAUCGCCGCUAAGUAACACCAGCGAAAUUCGCGUCUACCGCAGCCAGUGAUUCUUGUGAAAAAAAAGUAAAAAAUACCCUCGCCUCGUGAGUGACUUAGUGUAGUGCGAGCUCGCUGAUACGAUGUCCUCGUCCGACAAAUUAACAACGUUCAAGAGGCUACGCGAAGAGGCCAAUGAUUGGAAUGACAAAAAUAAGCGUCGUGAAUUUAUCCGCCAACUCGUCUCGUUCAUCGGCGAUUGGACGAGCGAACUUCCGAAUCUCCGCGACUUUUUUGAUCAAAGAAAAAUUAAUCAGCUCCUCGUCGAUGCGGUAGAAAUUAUUUUCACGGGACAAUGUGAGAGCGAAGGAAAAGAAAUUAUUGCUUUCGUGAUUAGGACGGGCUACAGAGACGAGCCCCAGUUUGAUAGAAUAAACAAGCCAAUAUUGCAUCGCCUCACGCCACUGGUUUAUGUGGGUUCUUGUUUACCUACCAUUAACGCACGCGAGACAGUCCGUGAACUUUUUAAAAUAUACGACUUUCGAUUUAAUUAUUUCGGUCACAACCGCAUAACACAUUUCCAUGUGGCCUGCGCGUAUGGCUUCAUAGACAUUGCCGAGCAGUUCCUCGCCUCGAGACAGAAUAUCAAUUGUCAAGAUCGAAGUAAUAAUACGCCACUGCUCAUGGCUACGUUACAAGGCGAAAAGGAGAUGGCAAAAUUACUGCUUAAACGAGGGGCCAAUGUGUGUUUGUUCAACGAGCAGCGACAAACGCCUCUCCAUCUCGUUUGCCAGAAGUACGAAGGAGAUCACGACUUGGUCGAAUUGUUGUUCAAGAACGACACGCGGCAGAGGAUGCGUGUCAAUGCCAAGGACAAUAAGGGUAACACUGCAUUGCACUUGAUUCUGGAAUAUGGAAGGGAAAUCAAGGAGACAGUCGAAUUACUGCUGGCAAGAGGCGCCGAUGUGGGUUUGGCCAACGAGCAGGGACAAACGCCUCUCCAUCUUAUUUGCCACAAAUACGGAAGAGAUCACGACUGGGUCAAAUCGUUAUUCGAGAUCAAGCGCAAGAUGCGGCAGGGUAUGCGGAUCAAUGCCCAGGACAAUAAGGGUAACACUGCAUUGCACUUGGUUGUGGAAUAUGGACGGGAAAGCGAGAAGACGGUCGAAUUACUGCUGGAAAAAGGCGCCGAUGUGGGUUUGGCCAACGAGCAGGGACAAACGCCUCUCCAUAUUAUUUGCCAAAAGUACGGGGGAGAUCACGACUUGGUCAAGUCGUUAUUCAAGAUCAAUGACUACAGGAAGCAGAGGGAGUGGGUCAAUGCCAAGGACAAUAAGGGUAACACUGCAUUGCACUUGAUUCUGGAAUAUGGAAGGGAAAUCAAGAAGACGGUCGAGUUACUGCUGUUAAGAGGCGCCGAUGUGGGUUUGGCCAAUGCAAAAGGAGAAAUCCCUCUGCUCACGAUUUUUUCGAAGGGCGAAAAGGACCUUAUGGAAGUACUUUUAAAGACCAUUAACCGGUUUUGCAGGAGAAAAAGGUGCCAGACGUACCCGGUCAAUCAUCAGGACCGACGGGGUUGCACUGCGUUACACUACGUACUCGAACGGCACCAAAACCAAAAAUGGUUCAAGUGGCUACUGAGUAGAGGCGCUAAUCCGAACCUGCGCAACAACGAGGGAAUGUCACCCGUCAAUCUUAUUUUUUGGAAUUGGAUGUGUGGAGCAGAUGAUUGGAUCUUCAAUUCAUUCGUCAAGCACUGCAACGACACGCAACAGGCAGUGGAAGUCGAUGCCCAGGAUAAAUCUGGUCGAAUAUUGUUGAACUGGGCUCUGAGAUACCACGAAAGGACGAAGGUCGAAUGGCUACUAAGGGCAGGCGUCGAUCCUAAUGUGGCCGAUCAGGAGGGAUCGACGGCUCUGCACGUCAUUUCCCAGGAACUAGUUAAGGAUCACGGCUUCGCGGAGUUACUCUUCGAGAUCUGCGAUGCGAACCAUCGGACGGUGCAAGUCGAUGCCAAGGACGAGUCAAAUCGGACACCCAUCGAGUAUGCCCUGGCGAAUUUCUAUCCGAAUAUUGUCGCCGCUCUGUUGGAUCACGGCGCCCGCCUCGUUUGGCCCACCGAUAGCCACUUCGAUGGGCGCCGUAGACGAUGGGCCGGAUGCAUUCUGACUUUUGAGAGUAAAUUUACGCAAAUAAUCGGCGCUCUGGCCAUCAUGGAGUGUGUAGAAAACAGAGAUUACGAUUUCGACCGAAGCCAGGCCCUAAGGAUCAUGAAAUAUUUCACCGAGCUCAAAAUACUCGACGAUCUUAAAAACGAUCAGUACGAUGUCAGUUUGCUGUCUUCCACGAGUGACGAAAAUAUGAUGAUCAAGCCGAGUCUGUCGAUCCGCGACCUGGACCAAAUGCGCCUCAAAGAGGCGUGGAAACAGCUCACGUAUCAGGACUGCUACGAUUACUUGUGCUCGAUCAAUGUUCGCACGAUUACUCUGAGAUUUCGAGAGAUUUGCGCCCGAGCGAUUGCCAAGAAAAUGUUGAGAAAAUUUUUACGGCCCUGGGCAGUGAUCUCUUACCUGGAGCUGAUUCGAUAUCGGCUGCCGAUCGAGUGCUGUGAAACGAUCAUCGAUCAAUUGCCGAGCCGAGAUUUAUUGAACAUCUGCUUCGCGGCCGUCGAUAAAAAUGUCAAUUCGGAAGAACAGCCCGAAACGAAGUGAAGGGUAAAAAUUACCCUAAUGGAUGUUGUACAUUAAAACGAAUGUAAAAAGCAACAAUUGUAGAUAGUUUUAAGGUGUGUUGUCACUUGAACAGCUCUCCGAAAUUUAAGUCUUUAACUAUAAGAUAGAUAUUUGAGAUAGAAAUAAAUGAAAAAAAGAGGGCUAAUAAUUUUAUGAUAAUUAAAUUUGAAAUUUUGUUUUAAAACUAUUGACUAAUAAUUGUAGUUAGUACAUGAUUAACAUGUAUCAUCUGUAAAAAUUCAAGCUUGAUUUGUAUAAAAAA